UUGCGCCGCUGCCACCGCCUCCAGCAGCCGCCGCCAUGAAGCUGACCGACAGCGUGCUGCGGAGCUUCCGCGUCGCCAAGGUGUUCCGCGAGAACUCCGACAAGAUUAACUGCUUCGAUUUCAGCCCCAACGGCGAGACCGUCAUUUCGAGCAGCGACGACGACUCCAUCGUGCUGUAUGACUGCCAGGAGGGCAAACCAAAGAGAACCCUGUACAGUAAGAAAUAUGGUGUGGACCUCAUCAGAUACACACACGCGGCAAACACAGUCGUUUACAGCUCUAACAAAAUAGACGAUACUAUUCGUUACCUGUCCUUGCAUGACAACAAAUACAUCAGAUACUUUCCUGGACAUAGCAAAAGGGUGGUGGCCUUGUCCAUGUCACCUGUGGAUGACACUUUCAUUUCUGGGUCUCUUGAUAAGACCAUUCGACUCUGGGACCUUCGGUCUCCUAACUGCCAGGGCCUAAUGCAUUUACAGGGCAAGCCAGUUUGUUCUUUUGAUCCAGAAGGGUUAAUUUUUGCUGCAGGUGUCAAUUCCGAAAUGGUCAAACUUUAUGAUCUUCGUUCUUUUGAUAAGGGACCGUUUGCCACCUUUAAGAUGCAGUAUGAUAGAACUUGUGAGUGGACAGGACUGAAGUUCAGCAAUGAUGGCAAACUCAUCCUCAUCUCCACCAAUGGCAGCUUCAUCCGUCUCAUUGAUGCGUUCAAGGGAGUGGUGAUGCACACAUUUGGGGGUUAUGCCAACAGCAAGGCUGUCACACUGGAGGCCUCGUUUACCCCAGACUCCCAGUUUAUUAUGAUCGGUUCAGAGGAUGGCAAGAUCCACGUCUGGAAUGGAGAAAGUGGUAUCAAAGUAGCUGUGCUGGAUGGAAAACACACAGGCCCCAUCACCUGUUUGCAGUUCAACCCCAAGUUCAUGACCUUUGCCAGUGCAUGUUCCAACAUGGCCUUCUGGUUGCCUACCAUUGAUGACUGACCCUGAUGUUGCUCAGCUGUCUUGUGAGGGGCCAGCAGGAAAAACUCAGAGGGGACUGAGAUCAUACCGGGAUUGGAUCAUUGGACUGGGCUGGAGAGCAUCCUUCACAUGGCCUUCCUACGGAUGUACUGUUGUAUGUCUGCUCAAGCAAAAAAAAAAAAAAACAAACCCAUGCCGUGCUUCUUCAGAAGGACCCUUGGUACGGCAGGCUCCAUUGGGACUCGGGUUUUCCACCUGUCACUGCAUCAAUUCGUCCAGUGGAGUGACCAGACUCACGAUUAGGGUUUAGUGGGGCCCUCAAGACGCCUUCAGUUCUGAAUGUAUUUGCUGCUGAGGAGCCAGUGAAGUUAAUUCUGCACAGCCCUUCUCCACCCCCAUAAUGCAUGGGAAGCUGCAGUUCUGGUUUUGAGAUGCUAGGGCAGCUCAGCCCCUUGCCCUUGCUUGCCCUGCAUGUCGUUACUGGGUCUCGCUGUGUUGUUGUGGCCCUUAUUCCACAGCCAUCAUGUUUCUUAGGUGCCAGACAUUUACCGAAAUAAGUCUUUGUGUAUCUUCAGUCAGAGAAAGGGACAGAUACAGAAAGACCUCGCUUGCUAGGAGCUGUGCAGUUACUCGUGUGAGGGUGGGUGUCUGGGCGUGCCUCAUGGCCCUGGGUGUUGAGUGGUAAAAGGCCCAAGAGCCUGAAAGGGGUGACAGGUGAGUUCCCAGGGCUGAAAGGUUUAGCAGCAGCUUGGCACAGUCCCCCGUCACCCAGACCGACCCGCAGUCCUCCUAGGUUCCUACGGAACCUGGUUGCGUACAAAAGCAAGGUGGGAGCCUCUUUUUGUGCAUUAGCUGUAUCAUGCGUUCCCGUGGGCCAGUAUUGUGGAGUGAGUCUGAGCUGUUUACACUGACGUGUCCCCACCCACCACAGAUUGUGUACAUAGUCUCCAAGUGGUACCACCCCUUUUCCCCAGCUCCCCAGCCAAGAGCUGGUUCUAGGCCUGUGUUACAUGUUCUGUUUAGCCUUUUUAUAUAUGACCUUUGAUUUCUCGUUGUAUUUUAGCACAGUGUGUGCACCUUCAUUUAAAUAUAUCUGUGGGUGCGUACACGUGCAUAUAUAUAAACUAUAUAUAUAUCUAUAUAUAGUUUAAGGAUGUUAUGAAACUUGGUUUCCUUAUAAUCAUCUGCAGUUUCUCAGAGUUCAGCCCGGGAGAAAGACUGCAUCCUUGCGAAUAGUGUUUGCCACAAGUAUUAGUGAGUCUUCCCUAUUACCUUUCUUCCUUCGGGAGGCUAAACGAAGCAAAGCUUCAAGUGUUUGCCGUUUCCAUGGCAGCUAAGUGUGAGGGUCUUGGGUUGACUCCCUUGUGUUCCUCAAACGGCACUUUGGGGCCCUCUCUGAAGUAUUAGCCCCCUUUUGCCCAGUGAUGCUCUGUCUGCACCUGUAUAUAUGUGACAGUCACUUUUGCAUGCCUUUUGUGUCUGGCUUGCAGCGUUUGGGGACAGGAUGCUGGAACCAGAGCAUUUUCAGUUUGUCUGAGGCUCCUUUACCAAUUACAGGUCACUCUGUCUUUCCUGAUAUGUCUGCUUUCUUCUUUUCCUUGCCUUCUCUUUGGAGAGGGGAGGGGCGCUGGCCAGGCACGGGUUGAGAUGAGCCGAGGUGGACUCAUGGCCUUUCCUUCCCCUGCAUGGCCGUCUUGGGGUGGGUGGCUCACAGCCUUUCCUUCCCCUGCGUGGCCGUCUUGGAGCAGGUGGCUCAUGGCCUUUCCCUCCUCUGCAUGGCUGUCUUGGAGGUGAUUGGCAUGUUAUUUUGUGUAGUUCCCAAACAAAUAUUUAAGCAGGCCACACACCCAGUCCCUGUAGUUCUAAAAACUGAGGCUCAAGGUUCUGAUUUGCCCAAGCAUACAUAGCUGCUAGGCUGUAAAACAAGCCAUCCCUGCUACUGUUCAGCUGCAGGAAUAGGCUGUGAAUUGCUAACAGUUACUUUAUAAUUUGUUCCUCAAGUCAGAGAGCUUAUGCCUUCCCCAAACUCGGCCUGAAGCUUGCAGCUGUCGACUGCCACCCACUGCUUAGGGGAGGGACUUCGAAAAACCACAGGAUCUGAGCUGUUUCUGCCUACUCACAGCCUUGCAGGGUAGAAAAUUCAUGGUAGGAGUAACUGUUCAAGAGAGUGCUUAGAACCACGGGUGAAGAAGAGAGACUGCAUAAUUAACAUAUCUGCAACCUGAGCAGCCACCGAGCCUGACUCUCAGCUACAGGAAAACGUUGUGUAUUUGAGUUCCUGUGUGCCCAAAACCGAGGCACCAUCUUUUGAAAACAUGCCACUGCAGGACCUCUAUUUGUGGGCCGGGCCCUGUGGCUUCAGAGCUGGCUCCUGAGUUGGGAAGGGAGGGGGAAUGAUGGGCUGGUAGCCACUGGAGAUGUGGGGAUGGGGCAGGGUGAAGGAGGCUGUGGCCAGGACUGCAGAGGGCGAGGCCUGCCUGGGUGCUGUCUGCGGGGGCUGGAGGGGUUGAGCGCUCCUCGGUUAGGGGCCUGGCUCACAGCCCUCUCAAGGGUCCGGCCAAAGCCACCUGUUGGUAUGUGACAGCAACUCCGCACUGCUCAACCACCAGCCAGAGGGGUAUUUUAAAAAAAUUAUUCCCUGUUGUAAUCAUAAUUAAUGCUUAUUAAGAAGAAUUUGGGAAUUUUUAAAAGAAUCAGUUUGCCACCCAAACGCUACCACUAUUACUCUUUCGGUGUUAAAUGUUAUAGACAUUUCUGUGCAUCGUUUUUUGGUGUGUUUCCAUAGUGGUUAUUCUACUGUAUAUACUAUUUUAUGUCCCUUUUGUACUUAACAGAUAAACAUUUUUUUCCAUGUUA